AUGGCCCGAGAGUCUGGCGAGAAGCGCCCCAGUCGCAUUACGGAAAGCGAUGCCACGGUCAUCACUGCCGAAGCGGACGCCCCCAUUGUCCCAAUCAAGGAAGGCUCGGACAAAGAGGAUGCCUUCCAGAUCGACCUCGAGUCCAAGGACUCGGACAGUGAUAAAACUCGCCUUUACACGAUCACUAACGAGGACGGAGAGGAGGAGAACAUCUCAGAGGACGAUCCCAGGAUCAGCAGCAUCCCCAGCUAUGUGCGCCGUGUGGUCAACCUGACAGACGACCCGUCGGAAUCGACAAUAACCUUUCGCUACUUUCUCCUGACAGUUCUUUUUGUCGCGCCGGGAGCUUUCUUGUCUCAGAUGUCCCAUUACAGAACCACGGCGGCACCGUACAGUGUGUUUUUCGUUCAAAUUGCCUCAAACUAUGUCGGAAAGUGGCUUGCACAAGUGCUUCCGGCAUGGGAAAUCAAAAUACCGUUUACCAAGAAGAGCUUCAACCUCAACCCUGGCCCCUUCAGCACGAAGGAGCAUGUUCUCGUUACGAUCUCGGCGGCCAGCGGCGCCACAUACAACCUUGGCUAUACCCCGAUAUCGAUGUCUGAGCUGUACUUCGGGCAGCCUGUCAACGGGGCGGUCGCUACCUUCUUCAUGCUGGCCAUCACUUGGACGGGUUAUUCUUAUGCUGCCCUUGCCCGCCAAUUCCUAAUCUACGAUCCGCAGUAUCCUUGGUUUCAAGCGCUGUGUCAAACGGCACUCUUUGAGACUCAGAGAAAGCAGAGAGAGCACCCCACACCUCUAUCCCGAAAACAGAUGAAGGUGUUCUUUGGUGUCCUUGUUGGAGUCAUUCUUUGGCAAUUUCUUCCUGAGUUUGUUUUCCCCUUUCUGGGAUCCCUCGCCUUUUUAUGCUGGGUUGCUCCUCACAAUGCUACGGCCAACUUUAUCGGCAGCGGUUUCGGUGGCAUGGGGUUUCUGAACCUCUCUUUAGACUGGUCUAGCAUAUCCUCCGGGGGAAGUCUGUUUCUGACCCCAUUCUGGACCCAGGUAAUCAUGUUUCUUGCAUAUGCUGUCAGCUGCUGGGUUAUCAUUCCCGCUGCGAAAUUCGGCAACAUUGCUACCUGGAACAACGAGCUCAUGUCCAACCGCGUCUUUCAAAAGAAUGGCACAAAAUAUCCGCUCGCCAAUUUGCUUACGCCCGAGAUUACCCUGAACAGAACAGCCUACGAAGAGUACGGUCAACUCUACUCUGGUCCACAAUACCUCUGGAACAUGUUCUUCGACUACGCUGCUUACACGUCAGCCAUUGUCUGGAUCAUCCUAUUCGGCCGUGACCAGAUUAAGAGCAGUUGGAACAAGUUCAUGGAACGGCGAAGCAACAAGUCCGCCGGCAAAGUCACAGAACAGUACAACGACCAAAUCAACAUUUUGCAGCGGCGAUAUGACGAGAUUCCAUUGUCGUGGUUCGCCGCCUUGUUUCUGGCAUCAUUUGUGAUCAUGAUAGCUAUUCUUGGAAAGGGCCUUUUGUUCGUGCCAGUCUGGACAUACAUCGUCGGUAUUCUGACAGGCGCCGUCAUUGUCAUCCCGCUAGCUUGGUUGUAUGCGCUAUCCAACUUUCAAUUACCUAUCGGGACAGCAAAUGAGCUAUUCUACGGACUAAUGAUCUCGAGUGUUUCUGGCUGGAAGAAUCCGUGCGGAGCGUCAACAUAUGGUGCUAUAGCUGGGGAUGCCUGGUAUCGUGCACAACUCAAUCUCCAGGAUAUGAAGAUCGGACAUUAUAUGCACGUGCCAGCGAAGACGGUCUUUGCGAGUCAAAUAAUAGGCACUCUUAUAGGAAUCCCCAUCAACUAUGCGACUAUUCGCUGGGUUCUGGACACAAAAGCCGACUAUAUCUCUGGCGCGAAAGAAGAUCCGACACGACAGUGGACCGGCCAAUCUCUUGCAGGCUACCUUUCGAGCGGAGUGCAGUACGUCUUGAUCGGUCCCAAGGAGCUCUUCAAACAAGAAAUUUACAAGCCUGUUCCAUACGGCUUCCUCGUCGGUGCCAUCGCUCCCUGCAUCAUCUACACGUUGCACAGGCUGUUCCCAAGGGCCAAGUUUCAUCUGUGGAACACGACCAUUUUCUUCUCUGGUAUGGCUUCGUUCUACGGUAACAUCAGCACUGGAUACACUUCCAGUUUCAUUGGCGGAAUUGUUGUCAUGUACUGGGCAUUCCGCUACCGGUACAACAUGUGGGCUCGGUGGAACUACAUCUUGGCGGCGGCGUUUGACGCAGGCUUCAACUUCAACAUGCUUCUUGUCUUUUUGUGCUUUGGCGCAGGCAAGAUCAUUGUGAUGCCGCACUGGUGGGGGAAUAACAAGGAGAGUAGCGAGCGAUGCUUUGCCCUUGACAACAAUUAA